GGCGGCGGCAGCGGCAGCGGCGGCGGCGGGGACAGGACAAUGGAGGUGGCUGUGGAGAAAGCGGCUGCGGCAGCGGCAGCGGCGGCGGCUGCUGCGGUAGCGGCUGGGGCCCCGGCGGCCGCGGUCCCCAGUGGGGAGAAUGAGGCCGAGAGUCGGCAGGGCCCGGACUCGGAGCGCGGCGGGGAGGCGGCCCGCCUCAACCUGUUGGACACUUGCGCCGUCUGUCACCAGAACAUCCAGAGCCGGGCGCCCAAGCUGCUGCCCUGCCUGCACUCGUUCUGCCAGCGCUGCUUGCCCGCCCCCCAGCGCUACCUCAUGCUGCCCGCCCCGCUCCUGGGGGCCGCCGAGACGCCCCCCCCUCCCGCCGCCGCCGCAGCCGCUGCCCCCGGUUCCCCCAUCUCUGCCACCCCUCCAUACAGCACCCAAGGGACUAACUUUAGCGGGCUUGGACACAGGAGAGUGAGAAGAAAAAGAACUAAUCCUGAAAAAAUUGGAGUCAUUCGUUGUCCGGUAUGCAGCCAGGAAUGUGCAGAGAGACACAUUAUAGAUAAUUUUUUUGUAAAAGAUACUACAGAGGUUCCCAGCAGUACAGUAGAAAAGUCUAAUCAGGUUUGCACGAGCUGUGAAGAUAACGCAGAAGCAAAUGGUUUUUGUGUAGAGUGUGUUGAAUGGCUCUGCAAAACCUGUAUCCGAGCUCAUCAGAGAGUAAAAUUCACAAAAGACCACACUGUCAGACAGAAAGAGGAAGUAUCUCCAGAAGCUGUUGGUGUGACGAGUCAGCGACCAGUGUUUUGCCCUUAUCAUAAAAAGGAGCAGCUGAAACUCUAUUGUGAGACCUGUGACAAACUGACAUGCAGAGACUGCCAGUUGUUGGAACAUAAAGAACAUAGGUAUCAGUUCAUUGAAGAAGCUUUUCAGAAUCAAAAAGUGAUUAUAGAUACAUUAAUUACUAAGCUAAUGGAAAAAACAAAAUAUAUAAAGUUUACUGGAAAUCAGAUUCAAAACAGAAUAAUUGAAGUAAAUCAAAAUCAAAAGCAGGUGGAACAGGAUAUUAAAGUUGCUAUAUUUACUUUGAUGGUAGAAAUAAACAAAAAAGGGAAAGCUCUCCUGCAUCAGUUAGAGAGUCUUGCAAAGGACCACCGCAUGAAACUUAUGCAGCAGCAGCAAGAAGUGGCAGGACUUUCGAAACAGUUGGAACAUGUCAUGCAUUUUUCCAAAUGGGCAGUUUCAAGUGGCAGUAGCACAGCACUACUCUACAGCAAGCGUCUGAUCACGUAUCGAUUACGGCAUCUUCUUCGAGCCAGAUGUGAUGCUUCACCCGUGACUAAUAACACCAUUCAAUUUCACUGUGAUCCUAGCUUUUGGGCUCAAAAUAUUUUCAAUUUAGGUUCUUUAGUAAUCGAGGAUAAAGAGAGCCAGCCACAUAUGCCUAAGCAGAGUCCUGUGGUGGAACAGAAUUCACAGCCACCAGGUGGCUUAUCUUCAAACCAAUUAUCCAAGUUUCCAACACAGAUCAGCCUAGCUCAAUUACGACUCCAACACAUGCAGCAACAGGUAAUGGCUCAGAGACAGCAGGUGCAACGGAGGCCAGCACCUGUGGGGUUACCAAACCCUAGAAUGCAGGGGCCCAUCCAGCAGCCUUCCAUCUCUCAUCAGCCCCCUCCACGCUUGAUAAAUUUUCAAAAUCACAACCCCAAACCCAACGGACCAGUUCUCCCUCCUCAUCCUCCUCAAUUGAGAUAUCCUCCCAACCAGAAUAUACCACGGCAAGCAAUAAAACCCAAUCCACUACAGAUGGCAUUUUUGGCCCAGCAAGCCAUAAAACAGUGGCAGAUUAGCAGUGGACCAGCAUCAACUGUUCCUUCUACUGCCAGUAGCACCACAUCUACUCCUUCUAGUCCUACUAUUACUAGUGCAGCUGGAUAUGACACCAAGUCUUUUGGACCACCUAUGAUUGAUCUUAGUUCUCCAGUUGGAAGUUCCUAUAAUCUUCCUUCUCUUCCAGAUAUUGACUGUUCAAGUACUAUUGCACUGGAUAAUCUUGUGAGAAAAGAUGCUAGUGUAGAACAGAACCAACCACGACCUCCUUCAAACAGAACAGUCCAGUCACCAAAUUCAUCUGUACCAUCCCCAGGUCUCCCAGGACCUGUAACUAUGACUAGUGUACACCCACCAAUUCGCUCACCUAGUGCCUCCAGUGUUGGAAGUAGAGGAAGCUCUGGCUCUUCCAGCAAACCAACAGGAGCUGAUUCUACACACAAAGUCCCAGUGGUUAUGUUGGAACCAAUCAGAAUCAAGCAGGAAAAUAGUGGCCCACAUGAGAAUUAUGAUUUCCCUAUUGUUGUAGUAAAGCAAGAAACAGAUGAAGAACCUAGAUCUCAAAAUACCAACUUUCCCAGAAGCAUACUUACAUCAUUGCUCUUGGACAGUAAUCAUAAUGCCACAUCUGAGGAAGCUGUUUUAAGAACAGAUGCUCCAGAUAGCACAGGAGAUAGACCAGGACUUCAGGCAAGUCCUUCAAAUGCAAAGUCUGGAUGGGGAGGUGCUUCACAGAAGUCACCCCUUCAUGGUGGAGAAAGUAGAAAAGAUGAUGACCCCAAUGAAGACUGGUGUGCUGUGUGUCAGAAUGGAGGAGAACUCCUUUGCUGUGAGAAAUGCCCCAAAGUGUUCCAUCUUACUUGUCAUGUGCCUACAUUGAUGAAUUUCCCAAGUGGAGAGUGGAUUUGUACUUUUUGUCGAGACUUAUCCAAACCAGAAGUUGAAUAUGAUUGCGAUGAUCCCAAUUACAGCUCUGAAAAACGAAAGUCUGAAGGACAUGUAGGAUUAACACCAAUAGAUCAAAGGAAGUGUGAACGACUACUUUUGUUCCUUUACUGCCAUGAAAUGAGCUUGGCUUUUCAAGAUCCAGUUCCUUCUACAGUGCCUGAUUAUUACAAAAUAAUUAAAAAUCCUAUGGACUUGUCUACCAUCAAGAAGAAACUCCAGGUAGAUUCCCCAGUAUAUACCAAGCCUGAAGAUUUUGUAGCUGAUUUCCGGCUGAUUUUUGAAAAUUGUGCUGAAUUCAAUGAGCCUGAUUCUGAAGUAGCCAGUGCUGGUAUAAAACUUGAAAGCUAUUUUGAAGACCUCCUGAAAAACCUUUAUCCAGAGAAAAAAUUUCCAAAGCAAGAAUUCAAGAAUGAAACAGAAGAUACCAUAUUUAGUGAUGAUUCAGAUGAUGACUUUGUACAGCCACGGAAAAAGCGUCUCAAAAGCAUUGAUGACCGCCAACUGUUUAAAUAAGUGACACAGUGACAAAGACUGGUUUGAACUUUUUUUUUUUUUUAAACCUUUUUAUUAGUGAUUAACAUAAUUACAAGGAAAAGUCCAUGACCACUCUGACAUUUAGGUUUGUGGAUGUUUAAUAGACGUCAAUUUCCUUAAUAAUCCAUUUCUCUCUCUCUCUCUCACUCGUCCCCGUUAGGAAAAGGGGGGGGAAGCAUCAUUAAAGAUUGAGAUUGAGCCCCUUUCCCCUUCUCAGAAAUGAUAAAACAGCAUCUGAAAGUAUGACUGUUAUCUAAAGGAGGGAGAAUGACUGACUGUAUUUACAUCUAAAGUUGAAAACUUAAAUGUGGUUUCAACGUGUGAAUUAAUCCAUUUUCAAAAAAUGUGAUACCACUACCCAUUAUUCUUACCAAAGGCACGUGGCUGGCCAUUAUAAGUUUAUUCUACUGUACUUAACAGUAUGCCACGAAUAUGAUAUUAAAUGUCCUAGGAUACUGAUUGGUGUGAUUGAAGUGUAGGUAGAUGCCACUAAGGAAGUACCUGAUGGUCUGUCAUGUAAUAUGGAGAGUGUAUUAAAGAAAAAUCAGGAAAACAAAUGCUUGGGUUUAUUUUUUGGCUUGUCUGUGAAGAUGUUUUUAUGUAUCAGGUGUGUUUAGGCUAUUAGCCAAUCAUUUCUGGAACUAGUGUCUUCUCUGUUAUUGCCUCUAACAGCGUUAAGUGCAGAUGUGACUUGUUUUUUUACUCUUGAUAAAAGCCCUCAUUCAUUACCACAUGGCUUUUGAUUGAAUUCUUUGAAAUAACAGCCAUUUGCACUGUAUGAGAUGUGAAGUUGCUUCACCAUAUACUUUUGGGCAUUAAUGAAAUUUUAAAAGAAAAAAAGGAAUAAGUAGUUUCUGUAAUUUUUCACUGUCUCGUGUUGCUUAGGACAAAACUGUUUUGGCGUAAAAAUUUUUAGUGGAAUUUUUGUUAGAUAUUAGCGUUUGCUGUUUUCUGCCUUGGUUUUAAUAGUGUCAGAGCUCAUUAACAGUGUCAUCUGCAACCCUCCAUUGUGGUUGAACUUUGAUUAGAUUUUCCUUCUCAUCAGUCUGGAUAGAAACAAGAAGUUUUCUCCUGAUUUUAUAUUGGGAUAGGUUUUAAACCUGCUCAGACUUUAAUUCUUUCUAUUCAUUAUUUUCAGUGCUUGGGCAAAUUUUUAAAGGAAAAAAAUGUAAAUUGGGGAAGAAGGAACAAAAUAGCCUAGCUAUAAUUUUCUAAUAUAUUUGAUGAAAUGUUUGUUUUACACUGACAGAACUUUGUUGAACUUUUUUUUCAUUGAGGUGGUAAUAAAACAACACAAGUGACCACCUGUAAGGAAAAGAACCUGGCUAGGGCACUUCAAAAAUAUCCCAUUUGAUGAUAUUUUGAAGUUAAAUUAGUUGGGUCAUAAAGUACGGCUGAAGAUGACACUCAAAGAGUAAAUUAACCAUAAGCAAUAGGUUUGUUCCCAUUUCCUGUACAGAGAAAGUUCUUGCUCCUAAAAUAUUAAUACUGCUUUCCAUGUUGGUUUAUGUAGCAUCUUUUAGCAGUCUUAAACCUGGAUCAUGAGAUUUUUAAAAGUAACUAUUAAAUGAGGUGUCUGUUAUAAUUUUGAGUAUAAUUGUGGACAAAUUAAGAAAAACUAUUAUUUAUAGUUAACAUUUUUCACCAGUUUCAGUCUAGGUAUGCAAUGGCAUUAUUAGCACAAAAGCUUUUGAGCUGUUCAUAAGUGUUUUGUCUUGUUGGGCUAUAUUUUUGUCACAAUUUUUUUUUUACCCCUUAGACUUUCCCUACUCAUCCCUUGGGUUGGAAUAGAGCAACAUUAACUAGAUUGUUGUAAGGAGGGCAACCAAAGGGGAUGUGAAGCUUCAGCAGGGGGAGAAUGUAAUUUUCCAAAUAAAACUGAGCCAGAAAUCCUGCAAGCGUGUACAUACAUACCUCUUAUUGUGGUAUUCAGUGCCAUACCAUUUUGUUUUUUGUUUUUCAGUGCAAACUGUCAGGUUACCUGCUUUACCUCUGCUAUGUAUUUAAGCAUUUGAGAGAGAGAGAGAAAAAGAAAGUGAGAGAGCUCGUGUUCUUAUGGUUAAAGUGCUUUCCUCACAAUAGUAGGUAGUCGGAAGUGUUACUGCUCCAAUUUUACAUAUGAUAAAACUGAAGCUGAAAGAAGUUAAUUUGUCCAAGACUAAUAAGUAUCUGAGCUACAACUUCUGUCUGGAUCUUCUGAUCCAGUAUUUGUACUAUCCCCACACUGCCUCUGAGUAUCUCUUAUAAGGCCACCUGGAACAUUGAUUGUUUCAGUAUUACGUUGUGUGAGAUCAUCUCUAUGAUUAUCUGUAGCAUUUCUGAAUGUCCUAUAUAUCUUAAUUUCAAUUAAGCAUAUAAACUCCUACUACUAUGUGCUUGGGACUCAGGUUACAAAGUUAUAGUGAUACAGUCCUUAAAUUACCUCGUAUUGCCUGCUACCUUAUUAACUAGUCCCCUUGGUGCCUGGCUGUAUCCUAGUCAUAAUGUUCUGUACCCUUUUGGCAGAGGACAUUAAGAGGACCCUAGUCUUGACACAUCCCUAGGAUGAAGAAAGGGCUGUAAAAAAAUGUUCAUUGUGACUCAGGCUUCCCUGACCUAAACUUGUGAACUCCAGCUUCUAUUCCUUUCUUGGAAAUCCAUGGAGGUUUCUUUUGGGAUUUGGUUGCAGGAGUCAGAGAUGCAAAUCUCAGAAGUACAGUAGCCCUAUUUAUAAAUCCUAUUCUACUUUAGCCCUAGUAUCAUAGUUCUGGAAUACAGUAAAAAUAAUUUGGCCCAACCUCAUAAACAAUUAUGGACCCCCAAGCAUUGUACAACUAUGUAGCAGGGGAAGCCAGGUAUACAAGCAGUGACUUACUGAUAAGGCCACUUGGCCUAGUAUUCACAAAGCUAUUUCUUUUCAGAAUUUUAUUAAUGCAGCAGAACUUUAAAUUAUAGUAACUUAUUAUUGAAUUUAAAUUACUUGAUAUCAGUAUUUGGUAAUGAAAUAAUUCUUAAAAAUUGAAUGAUAUGCUAUUUUUUCCCUUUAUUUAACUUGGAAUUAGACCAUUCUUUAAAUCAUUUAUGACAGGAGCAAGGGAUGCUAGUUUAUACAGCACUAAACUAAGUAAAUGUCAAGAAACAAACCUAAUAGUUUUUUUUUUCUUUUUGCUCUACUAAUGGUACCCUGUUCUAACCUAAAGACUGCUGGUUGUAUAACAAAAGAGAAAUAGUGUAACCUAUGAAUACUUUGAAAACAGAGUAUGAGGUUGUCCCCACAGUCAAAAGGGUGAGUAUUAAUUACUCUGAUACUGAAUUUUGCAUUUCAGUGUCUGGUUUUUAUCCAAUAACUUGAACUUUCAAGUUAAAAUCCCAAAAUAAAGUUAGUACAAUGGGGAAGUAGAGGAAGGGUCUUCCUUUUUUCUAGGGCCUACUCCACAAAUUAGAAAUUCAGAAAAAUAAGUUGCUGCAUGUGAUCAAAAGGUUUAUAGGUUGAAAUUGAAGAUUUAUUCGUUUCUUUCUUCUUCUUUUCUUUUUUUGGGGGGUGGGGUGGGAGGGAUAUGUCCUGCAUUCAUUAAAAACGAGAGAAAGUGAUCUGAUUGGCUAUUUAAAUUACAAGCAUCACCAUGAGUUCAACCACCCAAUUCCUGCUUAAAAUUUAAUCCCUUUAAAAUAACCAUGUAAAUAUUUUUUAAACAUUUUUAUAACAUUGUGUAAAUUUAUAUUUAAUGUCUUUUUACAAGCUGAUUGCACCUAGCUUUCAUCUUUAUAAAACUGGGUGUGAAAUAAAUGGGCCAUAAUUCACAUACUGGUGGAUCUUUUUCCUGAGUAAUGCUAGCCAAUCAGAUUACAGAUUUUUCUUCAUUGAAGAAUCACUUUAUUGUGAAGGACAUCUGAUACAGUAGUCUUUGUUACUGUUAUGUAUGGAAUGUUUUGUUUUUGGCAGACUGUGGUGCUUUGAUUUUAAUAAAAUAAACUUGAAUGAA